AUGGGGAAGGAGCAGGAGUUGGUGCAGGCGGUGAAGGCGGAGGACGUGGGCACCGCGCAGCGGCUGCUGCAGAGGCCGCGGCCCGGCAAGGCCAAGUUGCUCGGCUCCACCAAGAAAAUCAACGUCAACUUCCAGGACCCAGAUGGCUUCUCUGCCUUGCACCACGCGGCCCUGAAUGGCAACACAGAAUUGAUUACCUUGCUGCUGGAGGCUCAGGCUGCUGUGGACAUCAAGGACAACAAAGGCAUGCGGCCCUUGCACUACGCGGCCUGGCAGGGCCGGAAAGAGCCCAUGAAGCUGGUGCUGAAGGCAGGCUCAGCGGUGAACGUGCCGUCCGACGAGGGCCACAUCCCGCUGCACCUGGCGGCCCAGCACGGUCACUACGACGUGUCUGAGAUGCUGCUCCAGCACCAGUCCAACCCGUGCAUGGUGGACAACUCGGGGAAGACGCCCCUGGACCUGGCUUGUGAGUUCGGCCGUGUUGGGGUGGUCCAGCUGCUCCUGAGCAGCAACAUGUGUGCGGCUCUGCUGGAGCCCCGGCCGGGGGAUGCCACCGACCCGAACGGCACCAGCCCCCUGCACCUGGCGGCCAAGAACGGCCACAUCGACAUCAUCAGACUCCUGCUCCAAGCAGGCAUCGACAUCAACCGCCAGACCAAGUCCGGCACGGCCCUGCACGAGGCUGCCCUCUGCGGGAAGACAGAGGUGGUGCGGCUGCUGUUGGAUAGUGGGAUCAAUGCCCACGUGAGGAACACCUACAGCCAGACGGCCCUGGACAUCGUCCACCAGUUCACCACGUCCCAGGCCAGCAAGGAGAUCAAACAGCUGCUGAGAGAGGCUUCGGCGGCCUUGCAGGUCCGGGCCACCAAGGAUUACUGCAACAAUUAUGACCUGACCAGCCUCAACGUGAAGGCAGGCGACGUCAUCACGGUCCUGGAGCAGCACGCGGACGGCCGGUGGAAGGGCUGUAUCCAUGACAACCGGACAGGCCACGACCGGGUGGGUUACUUCCCGUCCUCGCUGGGCGAGGCCAUUGUCAAGCGAGCAGGAUCCCGGGCAAGCGGCGAACCGAGCCCACCGCAGGGAGGCUCCUUGUCAGGGCCCUCUGCGCCCCCCGAGGAGAUCUGGGUGCUGCGGAAGCCCCUCUCAGGCGGGGACCGCAGCGGCAGUGUGAGCAGCGUGGCUGGGAGCCGGAGCACCGGGGGCCACGCCCUGCACGCGGGCUCUGAAGGGGUCAAGCUCCUGGCCACGGUGCUUUCCCAGAAGCCGGUGUCGGAGUCCAGCCCGGGAGACAGCCCCGCCAAGCCUCCAGAAAGCUCUGCAGGUGCAGCCCGGCCCCAGCCUCCAGUGGCUCUUGCAGGGCAGGCGUAUGGGGAGCAGCCACCCAAGAAGCUGGAGCCAGCGUCGGAAGGCAAGAGUGCCGAGGCGGUCAGCCAGUGGCUCGCCACGUUCCAGCUGCAGCUCUAUGCCCCCAACUUCACCAGCGCUGGCUACGACCUGCCCACCAUCAGCCGCAUGACCCCCGAGGACCUCACGGCCAUUGGCGUCACCAAGCCAGGCCACCGGAAGAAGAUCACAGCUGAGAUCGGUGGCCUGAGCGUCCCCGACUGGCUGCCGGAGCACAAGCCCGCUAACCUGGCCGUGUGGCUGUCCAUGAUCGGCCUGGCCCAGUACUACAAGGUGCUGGUGGACAACGGCUACGAGAACAUCGACUUCAUCACGGACAUCACCUGGGAAGACCUGCAGGAGAUCGGCAUCACCAAGCUGGGACACCAGAAGAAGCUGAUGUUGGCCGUGAGGAGACUCGCGGAGCUGCAGAAGGCCGAAUCGGCCAAGUAUGAAGGGGGGCCCUUGCGCCGGAAGGCGCCGCCGUCGCUCGAAGCCAUGGCCGUGGAGUCGCCGCCUCCUGAGCCCGCCCCGGCGGACUGCCGCUCCCCCAAGAUGAGCACUUUCCAGGACAGCGAGCUCAGUGGGGAGCUGCAGGCGGCCAUGACGGGCCCGGCUGAGGCAGGGGCUGCUGCCUCCGAGAAGCCUUCCAACCACCUGCCGCCCACCCCCAGGGCUGCCGCGCGGCCAGAGCCUGGCCUGGGUGGACGGGCCCGGCACAUGAGCAGCUCUCAGGAGCUGCUGGGCGACGGGCCCCCGGGGCCUGGCAGCCCCAUGUCUCGCAGCCAGGAGUACCUGCUGGACGAGGGCUCGGCCCCCAGCACCCCGCCCAAGGAAGCCCGGCCCGGACGCCACGGCCACAGCGUCAAGAGGGCCAGCGUGCCCCCGGUGCCGGGCAAGCCACGGCAGGCGCUCCCGCCGGGCACCAGCCCCUUCACGCCCCCGCAGACACCCACCAAAGCCCGACCGGGCUCCCCCCAGGCCCUCGGGGGGACUCACGGGCCAGCCCCAGCCACAGCCAAGGUGAAGCCCACCCCGCAGCUGCUGCCACCCACGGAGCGCCCCAUGUCACCCCGCUCGCUGCCCCAGUCACCCACACACCGUGGCUUUGCCUACGUGCUGCCCCAGCCUGUGGAUGGCGAGGCAGGGCCAGCCGCUCCUGGGCCCACACCCCCACCCGUGCUGGCAGCGGUCCCCACGCUGUGCCUGCCCCCCGAGGCCGACGCAGAGCCGGAGCGUCCCAAGAAGCGUGCCCACAGCCUGAAUCGCUACGCGGCCUCUGACAGCGAGCCGGAGCGGGAUGAGCUGCUGGUGCCAGCUGCAGCGGGGCCCUACGCCACGGUGCAGCGGCGCGUGGGCCGCAGCCACUCGGUGAGGGCGCCUGCCGGCACCGACAAGAACGUCAACCGCAGCCAGUCUUUCGCCGUGCGGCCCCGCAAGAAGGGGCCCCCGCCCCCACCUCCCAAGCGCUCCAGCUCGGCCAUGGCCAGCGCCAACCUGGCGGACGAGCAGGCGCCAGAGGCUGAGACUGAGGACGGUGGGCUGGGGGUCCGGGCGCAGCGCCGGCGGGCCAGCGACUUGGCUGGCAGUGUGGACACGGGCAGCGCCGGCAGCGUGAAGAGCAUCGCAGCCAUGCUUGAGCUGUCGUCCAUCGGGGGUGGGGGCCGGGCCGCCCGCAGGCCUCCCGAGGGCCACCCCACACCCCGUCCUGCCAGUCCAGAGCCGGGCCGGGUGGCCACGGUGCUGGCCUCAGUGAAGCACAAAGAGGCCAUCGGGCCUGACGGUGAGGUGGUGAACCGGCGCCGCACGCUCAGCGGGCCUGUCACCGGGCUCCUGGCCGCUGCCCGCCGGGGGCCCGGGGAGCCCACCGACCAAGGCCACCCUGUGGAGGAUGCCGCUGCCCGGCAGCGGGCUCGAGGCCCGGCCAAGGCUGAGGCCAGUGCCGAGGGCCCCCCUCUGACCAGGGUGGAGGCCAGCGCCACGCUCAAGAGGCGCAUCCGGGCCAAGCAGAGCCAGCAGGAGAGCGUCAAGUUCAUCCUGACCGAGUCCGACACGGUCAAGCGCCGGCCCAAGGUCAAGGAGCGGGAGGCCGGGCCUGAGCCGCCCCCACCGCCGCUGUCCGUGUACCAGGACAGCAUGGGCACCGUGCGGCGCCGGCCAGCCUCGGAGCAAGCUGGGGCCCCGGAGCUGCCCCCGCCGCCCCCGCCCGCCGAGCCCCCGCCGGCAGACCUGGCGCACCUGCCCCCACUGCCCCCUCCCGACAGCGAUGCCCGGAAGCUGGCCAAGCCACCCGUGUCUCCCAAGCCCGUCCUGGCCCAGCCUGUGCCCAAGAUCCAGGGCUCACCCACACCGUCCUCUAAGAAGGUGCCGCUCCCAGGCCCCGGCAGCCCAGAGGUGAAGCGCGCCCACGGCACGCCGCCGCCGGUGUCGCCGAAGCCGCCGCCGCCGCCCACGGCGCCCAAACCGGCCAAGGCCGCGGCGGGGCUGCCGCCGGGCAGCGCCAGCCCGUCGCCCGCGCCCUCGCCGGCGCGCCAGCCGCCCGGCGCCCUCGCCAAGCCGCCCGGCACGCCGCCCUCGCUGAGCGCCGGCUCCGCCAGGCCCCCGUCGCCCGGCGCGCCCGCGCUGCUCGUGCCCGCCAAGCCCCCGCGCGCCGCCGCCGCCGCCGCCGCCGCCGCGAUGCCCGCCGCGCCGGACGGCGCCGCCCCGGGGGAGAGCGCCCGGCAGAAGCUGGAGGAGACGAGCGCGUGCCUGGCCGCCGCGCUGCAGGCGGUGGAGGAGAAGAUCCGGCAGGACGGGCAGGGCCCGCGCCCCUCGGCCGCCGCGGAGAAGAGCACUGGCAGCAUCCUGGACGACAUAGGGAGCAUGUUCGACGACCUGGCCGACCAGCUGGACGCCAUGCUGGAGUGACCCGGCCGCCCACGUCGGGCCCGGCCCCGCACACUGACCUUUACCUCAGGACGGGCUCCUCCGGGCCGGGCGGCCGGGCGGCUCAGCCUGCGCACAAGCACAACGCCGCCCCGGGCCCCGUGGGGGUCAGCAGGGGGCCUGCCUGGGGGCUCCAAGGGCUCUGGGGGACCCUGCUGCCCCGUGGGUGCCCGUCCGUUUGCUGCUCCCUGUGCAAUAACUGCGGGGCACCCGCCCACUGCGCAGGCCCCGGCCCCUCCUGGCCAGCGCUGGGGCCGGGCCACUCCCCACUGAGGCAGAGCACAGGCCUUGGCCCAGCACAGAGCUGCCCGUUGGGGACCCUCUGCCCGCCGCUCGGGCGCAGCACACGGCCCAGAGGACUGCAGCCAGAAUAUAAGCUAUCGAGAGUAUUAAUUUAUUGGGAAUGAGCUGAAGCAGACUUCCCCAGAGAAACAAAAAGGUAUAACUUUAACAAAUAUAUAUUUAAAGAAAGAAAUAUUAUUGAUUCUAUAGAAAACCAUUUACCAACGGAAAGGACAGUCUCACUAGAGACGCAAAGCUGUUCCGGCCCAGGCCGCCCGUCUGUCCACUGUCCCCCUCCCCCACCAGGACGACCAGGCCCCUAGCCACCUGCCCACACCGGGGCUUGCGGCCAGGCCCGGGGGUGGGUGCUCGGCCCAGGGCUCCCCCUGCCCCUCUUGUGACUUCUCCGUGUCCCCAGAACUCGAAGGAUGUGCCUUGCUCACUGAUGGGCUUGUCCUCGCCACGCCACGGGGACCACGGGAGGGGCUCGUUCCUGGGUGCUGGCGUGGCAGCAGUGGGCAGUUGCGUCAGGGUGUGCUGGCUCCCGGGGGCCCUGUGCAGGCAGCCCACCCAGUUCCCACGGAUGCUUCUGCUCGAGGUCCAAGGCUGUGUGUGUGGUCCUUCUCGCCCUCUCUCCCCCUCUUUCCCUCCCUCCCACAAGUACUGAUUGGUCUCCUCUGUCUUUUGCUGAUCCACAAGUGUUGGGCACAACUUUGACAUUUCGUAAAAAAAAUUUUUAAAAAUGCCAGAAACUAGCAGUUGUGUGGGGCUGAUGGAGGAGACUGGCGGAGGUGGAGCCGGGUGCUGGGGGCCCUUCCUGACUGUGCCCGAUGUCCACCUGGCCUCUGCUUGGGGGGUGGCCCAGGCUGGGCCUCCAGCAAGUGGGGAGAGGGCUGUCGGCUGUCAAUAAACAGCAGAAA